CUUCAGUGAAAAGCAAACUGUUACCAUUAAUAUAGGUUUACCAACCUUCCAUUCUUAUUACUGAGACUGAAGAAAUUUCGGAGCGGUUUAUUUGAGGACUGUGCUACACGUGCAACUUUACUGAAUUACUUGAUAUACGUUAUGAACACGGAAGUGGGUAGAUUAAAUGCGUACAAAGAAAAAACCAAAGUUGAUGGUGAAGAGCUAGUACUCAAUGUCUUUCCAAAACGUGUAUUUGAAAUGGAAGACAUAUUGGCGUCGGAUAUGUUUUUUCUAGAGGGGAAGUAUGUCCAUUCUGAUGUGAAUAUACCUUAUCCUAUUAAUCCACAUAAUUCGUUGCAUCCUGGUGAUGAUAUGGAUUCUGGUUUAACCAAUGCUACAGAUAAACUGACCAAUGAUAAACAACAGUUUCCUAGUAAAGGUUCUUUUGUCUACGCCUUACCAAAUGGCUCUGUGUCAUAUAAUAAACAUAUCAAAGCUAUGAUAGAGAAAACUAAACCAUGUUUAACUCAACUUAUGAUUGAAGCUCAACUUGUUCGGUUAUGGGUUCAAUUUAAUAUACCACGAAUUGAAGAUGGAAAUAAUUUUGGUGUAGGAAUACAAGAAGAGAUUUUAGGUGAAGCAUCGGGUAUCGAGAGGGAUGCAUGUACUUUCUUGGAUCAAGUUACAAGGGGUUUUCUGGAGAUUAGUUUAAUUUCUAGGUAGUAUUUGUUACAGAUUGAUUACAGUUGGGAUACAAGACAGCUGUUUCGUUCUAGUAUGGGCCCCUCAUCCAUGUGCACUCACAACCCCCGAGAAUCAAACUCAGGACCUUCAGGCUUUGUGGCGAACGUUCAACCAUUAGGACCACUGGGUCAACAUCCAGUGGUACAUUUCUAGCCUCAAUCAAUAUAUUAUAUAGCAUGACGAUUGUCUAAUGCUGUUGGUAUUACCGUCAUUCCAGAUAUGUUUGAACCCCACUACUCACAAAUUCUAAUUAAACUCCGGGAAUGUUUUGAAGUAAGUCACUGGUGAGCUGACUGUUAUAGUUUGUUCAAAGUGGAUUUGUGGAGAUCAGUUAAAUUUGUGGGUAGUAUUGGUCACAGAUUGAUCUGAUUUUGGGUACUUCUGAAAGCUAGGGAGGAUUGGACAAAAUUUUCGUCCCGGUUUGAGGUAGUGGUCACUCAUGACUACACAAAGGAUCAAUCCUCAGAUUAGCAUUGUCUAGAUCAGUUUGUUAUCAUUGCUAUCUGCAAAUAUAUACAUAUAUGUAGUGUGAGUGAUUGUCAUGAAGUGGUUUCGGCUGGAGAGGUAUUCGAAACAAGUCAGUGGUAAACAGUUGUUUCAUCCUGAUUACUAGUAUCCCACAGUAGUGCACACUUACGAUCUAACCCAUCACUCCGUGAUAAAGCAAAUCUCCUCAGCUGAUCAGACUGUAUAUUUAUACACUCUAUUUAUAGAUUAUAUUUAUUCAUUACAGGUUGAGAAUAUUAAAUUGGGUUUCCUUCCUCGUUUAUAGACUUCUUGCUUUUUGCUGUUGGAAAUAUUUUAAUGAUGCUGAUAUAAGAGGCAAUAACAAACUAACCUACUCAAUUAAAAAAUCUUAGAAAAGUCUCUUCUUUAAAAUCAUUGUUUUCCUUUAGAAAUUCCAUCUUAUUCUUGCCUUGUUCAAAAUAAGCGUUUAAUAUCUCAUGAAAAUUGACGCUUCUUCUAUGAUCUAGUUUUAAACCAUAUUUAUAUGUUGAAAACUGGAUGACGGAGUAAUUUUAUUUGCUCUCAUAUAUUAAAGGUGUGACUCAAAGCCUCGAGUUAUAUAUAAAUAUGUACCUGAUUAAUGAGUUUAUUACAUUAAUCAGACAUUAGUUAACUUUCUUAUUAAUAAUAAUCUUUUAUAUAACGUGGUGAUUAUUAGAAAAUCUGAACUUUCGGAGAUGUCUUAUCUGAAGUUAUUGCUUUUAUUUUUGCUCUUUAGUUAUUAAAUGCUUAACUUAUUGCAUUUUUGUGUUUUUCUGCUUGUAAGCUUUCUCCUAAUGCAUAAACUGUUGCUAUGUGCUGAAAAAUAGCCUGAGAACAAUGAAUCAAUGGGAGCUAAGGUUAACGGUGCAGGCUGUAGAAUAAGUAUUGGACACAGAAUAGUAGAAACUAUUGUUAGAAUUGUGAUCAGUGAUUUUGACACAGGGUACCAAUCAACGUACUCAAGCCAUAACAGUUUUCAGUUGAUAUUUAUGCUUUGUUUCAAUCAUAUCAUUCUAACACAGGAUACAGAAUUGUUUUGUUAUUCAGGUAGUUUUUUUUCAAAUUGUAUUUACAUCUGUGCUUAUUGAUACUUGAGUUUUAUUUCCUCUGUUUUAUCCUUUAUACACAGAUAUUAUGCCUCAAGAGGGAAAUUAGUGGGUAAAGUAGCAAAAUAUCCUCAUAUUGAAGACUAUCGUGAAUGUAUCCGUGAUAUGGAUGAGAAACAAGCAAUAACAAUGCGAUAUAUUAUCAUGGAAAUUCGUAAUCACUAUGCCACCUUGCAUGAUAUAAUAAUAAAAAAUCUGGAUCGUAUAAAAAUGCCUCGUUCCAAUAAUGCGAUCAAUAUGUACUAAUUGACGAAACCCAGAUUUAGUUGUGUGUUUGCUCACAUUAUGAGAUUUUGAUUGUAUGUAAAUACAUACGUUUGAAACGUAUUUGAAAGCUUUUGUUUCCAUAUGCAGUUUCUGCUUGCGAUCUUUA